AUGCUCCAGAUGAGCCAGGACAUGUCAGUUACUCAGGCAAGCGAUAUCUCGGAAAUUGCCAUGCCUAGACAAUCGGCAACGCCGCUUCCGCCUCCCGGUUCCGGUCUAAAUCUCAAACGUAUCGCGAUCGGCCGGGGUACACAGAACUACACGUGCGACCCGAUGAAUACCACAGCUGUUCCAGCCGCCGUCGGGGCUAAGGCGACAUUGUUCGAUGCGACUCGUUUCGCAGUUGCAUGCCCACAAUUACUGGACUCGUUAUCCGGAGUUGCUCUGGGAUUCCUGCGGGCCGAUGAGAUCCCAACAAGCCCGGCUGUCCUCGGCUUGCACAUCUUUUUGGACAGGGAAACACCAUUUUUCGCUCUCGAAACGCCUUUUACACAUCUGGGUAAGGUGCUGUGUGCCGGGGAUUCCUCAACUCCAGCGCCGAAGGACGCGCCAAAGGGCUUCAAUGGCGAACCUGCCGUCGCUUGGCUCAAACUGCGCGCUAAGAACGGCACAACGGGCAACAUACGAGAGGUCUAUCGGCUGCAGACGGCUGGAGGAUCAGCCCUGGAGACACGCAAGGGUAUGUCAGCUACAUUCGAGCGCCAAUAUGCUGCUCAGUACUGGUUCUACGGCCUGUAG